AAGCUCGACGCAGCAGAAAGCAGUCGAGGGCGGAGAGCGAGCAAGUGUACAUUCUGUGUAGGAGUGAAGUGUCAAACGGAGUGCGCUUUGUGAUUACGCUAGCAAUGGGUAUAGCAAGGUUCCGGUGGCUGCUGCCGCUGCUGUCGGCCCUGGCGCUGGCGUCUGCAGAGGACAGCGUGCUGCUCUACAGCAAGUUCGGCCUGCAGAUGGUCACCUCGUCCACCCUGCACUGGAUCCCUGCCACCGGCUCGAAGAUGCCCAACUACACCAUCAGCGCAGAGAACAGCCCCGUAGUCCACCCCGGGCAGGAGCAGCAGCACGGCGGCGCGGGCCGCGUGUGCCGGGCCAACGUGAACGGCGUGUGGGUGUGCGGCGAGGCGGCUGGCGGGCGCUGCCGCGUCUCGCUGCUGGGCGAGGUGCGCCAGGAGGCGCGCCACCAGCUGCUGCAGGCGGUGGGCGGCGGCGCGCGGCUCGUGUGGCGGCCCUGGAACAAGUUCACCGUGCCGCCCCCCGCCGGCACCGUCGCCGCCGCCCCCGACACCUACGUGGCGCGCGCCCCGCCGCACGGCGACGACCGCGCGCUGCUCGGCAAGGCCGCCGUCUCCGGCAUCAGCGGCCGCAUCACCGUCGUGGGCACGGACGGCGAGGAACGCGAAUACGCGGAAGGCGACGUGCUGGUGGAGCUGGAGCCGGUCAGCUACGAGCUGAGCAACGUGAAGCUGCAGCUGCGACGGCGACGCUUCCCCAAGCGCGAGGUGCGCGUGCUGGCGAACUCCGUGCUGCGCAACGGCGCCGGCACCGUGCGCAUGCGCGUCGACUCGGAGCUGGCCUACCAGUACGAGCACACGCGCUACUGGGGGCAGGGCCGCGGCAUCAUCAAGGGCCUCGAAACCACCGUCCGCGCCGAGGACGGCUCCGUCAUCGACAACAUCCGAUGGGGACUUAACGACCCCGUCUCCAUGCCGAAGCUAUUCACCGCCGAGUACGAGCUGGAGCCGGGCACGGCCGUGAACGUGACGCUGCUGGGCAACCUGACGGAGGAGGAGACGCCGUACGAGGCGACGCUGGUGGCGUCGUACAGCGACGGCGAGACGCUGGCGCGGCCUCUGCAGGGCGUGCUGAGCGACGUCGAGCUGCGCGACGUGCGCGCGGAGUUCAGCGACGUCUACUUCCUGGCCAACAACAGCUUGGUGCCCACCACCACCACGACCACCACCAGCACCACCACGACCACCACAACCACCACGACGACGACCCCGGCGCCGGAGAAGAAGGGCAAGAAGCCCAAGCCGGACGAUCCGGAGGGCUCCGCGGACAACGAAGUGGCCAAGUGGCCUUCGGACGAGGGAACCGCCGGAGGCGCGCAGUCGUCGCUCAAGAAAGAGGAGGACCCCGAGGGCGCCAAGAAGGGACGCGGCGCAGAGGGAACCUCCAACGGUGAUGGAGGCAGCGCCGCCGGGUCGUCCGCCGCCAGCGUCGUCUUGGUCGUCGCGACGGCAGCCGCCGCCCUGCAGCGAGUAGCGACAUAGGCGCCUCUCCAGGACGCUCGCCUCCACUCGCACCUCUCUCUCUCUCUCUCUCUCUCUCUCUCUCUCUCUUCCCUUUUCUCCGACACUUUCCUUCCCUUCCGACGUACCUGCCGCCGGCGGUGUGCAGGCGCGCCCUCGAGCGAUAGGCUUACUCGGGUCGAUACAUUCCCGGCGGCUGGGCGUCCGCUGCCGCCCGCGUCCUCUCGUCUCUUCAGUGAUCCCAGACCGGCCCCGUUCUCUAAGCCUCACCAGAAUACCUGUGUCGCCACUCAUACACGUGCGCUGUGCGACUACAAUCACCUCUAGUGACGCGUCUGCCUUUCCUUCUACUGUCCUAGGGGCCUCAAAACUUUUCGAGCUCGCUCCGCAACUUCGCGGCAUGUCGUCUCUACACCUUAACGAGGUGCUUCUUGCCUCCCACGUGUAUCCCCUACGCCGGCAUCUGCGCCUCCAAAGGUAUAAAUCAAUGACGCGGGGAUUUCUGCUGCGUCACACGUCCGCGGAAUCAAUACUUGUCCUCGUUUCCGCCGGUGGCGCCUUCAAAUAGUUUCGCUGCGGAAAACAUUUUCGGAGACACAGCUCAGGAAACGAAUACAUAAAAAAUUUGAGCUAGUCUAAUUCAGCGCCUUACGUAGUGCACGGGGCUGAAAAUUCGGGGUUCCACACUAAACUAGUAACAAAAGUAGAGGCGGUAAAAUUUCGCUUAUCAUCAAAAGCAAACAAAAGUUUCGAGUGGAUUCGGAACAACGCGAAUAUUUAUUGCGGAGUAUAAAAAAGCAAAUCUGGGAUGCAGAUGACGCGGGUCGAAUUGAGAGGAGUGCAUUUCGCUACUUGAUGUUGUUGUCCUCCAUUCACCCAGAUUGUAAUAUAAUUACAUUGUGUACAUAGCUUGUGUAAAUAAAUAUAUAGAAUAAGCUGAAGACUGUAGGCAGGGAGUGGACAGCGAGGAGCGUGCAUGCAGUGCGUGUUCUCUUGCAGGUGCACCACUGUACGAGCCGGGAGGCUCGACGCCUCUAAAGCCUUUUCGCGAAAACUCUGAAUUCGACGUGUAGGUAACGUGGGAGUUACUAUUCUAUGCUAUACAAGCGAAAUACAAUCGCAUAUUCUUGCCAAGAGUGUAGCUGGCCAGAUACUCGAGCACAGUGAUCGUCUUUAAAAUUAUACGAGACUCUCCACCUGCCCCACCUCCUUCUCUUGCGCCCACAAACGGUUACAUUGGCAUACUUCCAUGCUUAUAAUGCUAUAUUACCCACUAAUCACUCUCGUUGGUCUGAAAGCGGCCUAACGCAUCCAAACAAACUAUAAAUCGUGGUGAUGAAUCCGUCUUGGCUUAUCCUGCAUUUAUUUAUUAUAUCUGCUGUGUUGUUGCUUAUAGUAAGUAAAGGAACGUUCUGCAGAACAGCAAACUCUGUCUAUACCUGUUAUGUGCUUAACUAUUACAAUAUUCGAAAAUAGUCUGGUUGAUAACGUACCUGUAAUAUGCUUCGAGAAACUGAGUCACGUCUACACAAAUCUGUCAGUGCUGCGAGAAAGACCCGCCUGGAGAGAAGCUGUCCAACAUUAAAUGCUGUAUUGUAAACGUCUGUGUGCAAGGCCAGGCUGUCCAGUAAUUGUGUGAUAUAUUUUGUACUGCAAAGUUGGUUAAGGGACGCUCGUAUGAUAAGUAUCCUCUAAGGAGAUCAGUUAAAUGAAUAGGAGUCUCUCCAAUUGAUAAAAUUUCGAAACAUAUUUUAUGAUACAUGUUUAUAUUUUCAAGAACAACAAAUAAUUUCAGUGAUGUGCAUCUAUUGCAGUGCUGUAGUACAAAACAUUCUAACCUUUAUUUUGUGAAUAGGUAUGUAGUCCAUGUUCCUAUGUAUUGAAAUAUCUGUAUCAAGAAAUAGUAUACAAAUUCCUAGAGAUGCAGCUUUUUGGCAUGUGCCGCCAUUUUCACUGUUAACUGUAAUUUGCUACUCCUUCAGUUGCAUCUCUCAUGUUGACAUUUUUUCUGAACAUUAUAAAGAAAAUAUUCUUAAGUCAUUGUGAUGUUCCAAAUUUCCAAAUAAGUACAUGUUACAAAAAAAUAAGAUUUGGCCAGUUGAAAUUAUGUCUAUAACAAAAUUGUAAUAUUUAUCCAAACUGCCAUGAUAAACUAUAAAUAUAAUUAUGUGGA